AUGAGUACUCCUCGGACGCCCAUCACACCGAUCCCUCAACCACCACACAGUGCUGGUCUAGCUUUCAAGGGUCUCCGGGCGAACAUUGACUUCAACUCUAUCCCUUCACCGAUUGAUGCAUUUGACAAUGAUAGAGAACAGUGGAACGAUCAGCCUUAUAUGACUCUUCCCGGGAGCCAUGUACCGCUUUCCACCACAGAAUAUGUGGCUAUUGAUCAGGGAAACUCAUCACCUAGGUACAUCCGGAUGUCGACAUGGCACGUUCCGAGCACCUCCCGUCUAGCCUCAGAAUGCGAAAUCCCUCUUGUUGCCAUGAUUCAGCCCUUCGCGGACCAGGAUCCUCGUGAGGAGCCUGUGCCGUUGAUAGAUACAGGUGACAUCGGCCCUGCACGGUGCGCCGGCUGCAGAGGGUACAUAAAUCCUUGGUGUAAAUGGUUAUCCGGGGGUGCAAAGUGGAAAUGCAACCUUUGCGGGCAUGAAACGGAAGUUGCACCAGAGUAUUUCUGCAACUUGGAUGCCAAUCUGUUGCGCCUCGAUCACCUGCAACGGCCUGAGCUGAAUAAGGGUACAGUCGAUUUCGCCGUCUCUGAGGAGUACUGGGCUCCCCAUCCACCACCUCGAAUAGAGCCACUCUAUCAAUCUGUUGUGUCCGAACCAGCUUCCGGUCUCCGGAAGCCAGAGAUCAUGAACUACGUCUUCGCAUUCGAUAUCUCAUUGGAAGCUAUCCGGUCGGGAUUCACUCAUGCAGCAUGCGCAACUCUAUUAGACCUUCUAUAUGGCCGGGAAGAUGGGUCCGUGGAACCCUGCAUCCCACUGGAAAGCCAGAUAUGCAUCAUAUCCUACGAUGAAACAUUGCACUUCUAUGACCUUUCUCCACGGUUAGAUGGCCAUGCCCCAAUGCUGGUUGUACCCGAACGCGAUGACGUUUUCGUACCUCUGAGGGCUGGUCUUUUUGCCGACCCACGAGAGUCCAACUCCGUCAUUGUGAAGCUAUUGUCUGCGCUCCCAGUACGAGAAGAGUCACCAGCACCAGAAGCAGCGUUGGGAUCUGCGUUGACCGCCAGCCUGGCUAUCCUCGCUGGCAGAGGUGGACAGGUGGUGGUGUUCACGGGGGUGAUACCAGCCGUUGGCAUCGGCGCCCUGACGCCCCCAACAGACGACUCAAGUGUGUUUGGCACAGAGAAGGAGAAACAGCUGUUUCUUCCGCGUCAUAAUGCGUGGCGGGACAUCGCAGAGCAAUGCGCCGAAGAAGGAAUCGGAGUCAAUGUAUUUUUGGGCAUGGGAAGACCCAUUGACGUAGCGUCUGUUGGUGUCGUAUCUUCUAUCACUGGAGGAGAGCUUUACUUCCACCCUCGCUUCGACCCAUCUCGCGACGUCGUGGUGCUUGCUUCCCAACUAAGACGCCUCCUUACCCGGACGACAGGUUACAAUUGCGUGAUGCGAGUACGGUGUUCCAGUGGUCUGCGCGUAUCGCAGUACUUCGGCAAUUUGCACGAGCCUGAGCUCUCCGUGACUGAUAUUCAGUUCGGAACUCUUGAUGCGGACAAGGCAUUCUCUGUUCUGUUUGAGCAUGGGCGCGCCUUAGAUGAUCAUGAGCUAGCCUUCAUUCAGUGCGCGGUACUUUACACUGCAAGGUCGGGCGAGCGCCGUGUGCGGACAUGCAACCUCGCUCUCCAAGUUGUGUCGUUGGCAGGCAACGUCUUUCGGUACGCCGAUAUGGAUACUGUUGUGUGCCACAUGGUGCGCGAAGGUAUAUCAAGGUUGCCGUCGCAGCAGAUAUCCCAGAUCCAAGAGCAGCUGACGGAAAGAUGUUGUGCGAUCCUGCUUGGCUACCGGAAGUAUUGCGCAGCAUCAGCUGCCCACACGCAGUUGGUUAUACCUGAAGCGUUCCGAACAUUGCCUGUGUACACUCUGGCGAUCAUGAAGUCCAAACCGUUGAAAGCUCGAAAUAUCGCGGCAGACGUGCGCAGUUACGAAGCCCACAAAAUUAUGGCGAUGGGGGCGGGUGCUACUAUGCAACAUUUAUAUCCUAGGCUACUUGCCCUCCAUGAUCUGGACAAUUUCGUUGCGCUUCCAGAUCCUGGGACAGGCAAAAUCGACUUCCCGUCAUUAAUGCGUAACAGUCAUCUGUUCAUGGAAUCACACGGAAUUUAUCUUAUAGAUAAUGAAGAGCUCGUAAUCUUUUGGAUUGGAGUGAAUGCUUCUCCUCAGUUGCUGAAGGAUUUCCUGGACGUAGAUGACAUUAUGCAGAUUGACCCUCAUAUGAUCGAAUUACCUCGUCUGUCCACUAGGUUGUCGACCCAAGUGCGCAAUAUACUUGCACAUCGGCAAGCUCAACGAGGCUGGAUUCCCAAGACAUUAAUCGCUCGUCAAAAUAUGGAUGCUGCUGAGCUGGAGUUUAGCGACAUGCUAAUUGAAGACCAGAACAAUGCUGCCAUGUCCUAUCUAGACUAUCUAUGUCUUGUGCACAAACAGAUUACGACGGCUCUUACAACAGGUUCCUCAAUUACUAGUCGCAACGGGUUUUUGUCGACACCGUGGUAG